AUGUCUGUCACUCUUCACACCACACACGGCGACGUGAAAGUCGAGCUUUUCUGCGAAGCAGUACCCAAAACGACAGAGAACUUCAUCGCCCUCUGCGCCAGCGGCGCAUACAACGACACACCAUUCCACCGGAUGAUGCCCGGCUUCAUGAUCCAAGGCGGCGACAUAUCCCUCGGACCCGCGGGAUCCGCCACCUCCAACACUACCAAAACAAUGCUUCCUUUCGACGACAUCCCGAAAGGUGGAACGUCAAUCAACCACCCCGGCGCACUGAACCAAGAGAUCCACCUGCCAGCCCUGCGACACAACACGCGCGGUAUCCUCUCGAUGGCGUCGCGGCCCGUCAAGGACCGCACGGCGCCUGGAUCGCAGGGCGCGACGGGCGCGACGAUCAACGGCAGUCAGUUCUUCAUUACGUUUGGGGCCGCGCCGCAUCUGGAUGGCGCGAGUACGGUGUUCGGGAAGGUGUUGAACCUGACGGCGCAGGAUGAGGGCGGGGAUGUGUUGUCGAGCUUGGAGAAGGCGAAUGUCAAGAUCGACAAGAAGGGGCGGGUGGUGCAGCCAAAGGAAGGCGAGACGGAGUAUGAGCCGCUUCGGAUCAAUAGGGUGACGAUCCAUGCGAAUCCCUUUGCGAAGUGA